GCAUUUAUCUCUGCACAUUCGUCGUCAGUUGUAGCCUACGAGCCGUAGCCGAAUUCUAUUGGAAGCUGUGACACUGUUUAGCCACCGUACACAACCGAUGCGUUGGCAUUCAUCUUUGUGUACCAUAAAAAUCUUUCAGUGAGAGUUUACGAUCCCGCGGGUACGGUCGGAACUUUCGGGAUUUACGCGUAACAUUUCAUGUUAUAUAUUACACAUUUUUUUCGUCGUCGUCCAUCGUUUGUGUGCGCCUACUCGUAUAAAACGGAAAAUUAACGGCAAAUAGCGACUAGCGUACGACCGAUUGUCUGCUUACAAAACAGUGCGAUGCGGUUUGUGCUGCUGUCCUGUGCGUUAAAUGUCGUGCAGUGAGUGCAAUAAUUUUUUACCGUUAUAUUUGGUGGUCGCGCGUGUAACUGUGCCGCGCGCGUAUGUGUGUGUGUGUGCGAGUUUGCAUAUGUGUAACGCCCAUUUGUUUUGGGCCAGCGACAGCUAGCGCCAUACGAAAAAAUCGUUGAAUUGCAGCUGAAAAGUGGUGCAAGCGAAAAAUUUUCCAGCCGUUGAAAAGUGUUUUGUGCCCCCUCCCCCCCACAAAAUAAAAGAACGGUAUGCGAAUUACGCAAAUACAGAUGUGCGCGCGUGUGUGUGCAAUUAGCGCACGGUGAAAACUGGUGUAGUUAAAACGUAGGGAUAUAACAACAACAACAACAGCGGCCAACACCAAAAACAGCGUAAAAAGUGUAUAAAGUGAAGCGUGAACUUUGCGGCCAGGACGCGCUCAGCGUGCAUAGCGUAGCCCCAAAAACGGGCCUGGCAUAUGACGUGGCAGUGUUGCAACGCAAAUACAUACAAACACACAUACAUAAAUACUUGCAGUUGCUAUAUGCUGGCAGCGAGCUUAGCGUUCUUCCAUUCGCUGUUUUCUGUCCGGCCUGUUAAAGCGGUUUCGUGCUCCUAAGCCGCUCCGUUGUGUACACGCGUGUGUGCGUUUCGCCGUAAUGGUGCUAAUAUCAACUUAAAAGCCUAUUAAAUGUCAAUUUAAAAUGUGUGUGUGAAAAGCGUGUAACAUUUGUAGUUAGAAGCGCUAGCUUACAGCGACAAGUGGCAGCCAAGUGAAAGUGGUUAAAGAAUUUAAGUAAACACUGUUUAAACGCAACUAAAACUGCCAAAUUGCUUACUUACAAAGUUUAGGUUGUAGUUUAUGUAUACAACAACAACAUUAGCAACAAUAUCGAAUCUUAUUGCAGCAGUUUAAAUAAUAGCAACAAUAGCAGCUUUGCUUAGUCAAUGCUUGAAAAGAAGCUGCAAGCAAUUACUCUUUCCACACGUCAAUAAUAAAAACAUAAAACACCUGAAUACAAACAGAUGUUUUAAACCGGACGCUGUCGAUCAUGCGCAAGAGCUCGUGCGGUUUUAAGAAGUGUGAAUUUUCGUAUUGUGAAAAAGAAACAUGCAUACAUAUAACAAUAAAAUAAAAUUGUGAAAAUGUGAAAAAGAUUAACGCAUAACGUUAAAAGAUUUUGUGUGAGAAUCGAAAUAAAAUGCACAAAUUGUGGCAUAAAAUAUUGUGCAAGCGUGACAUGCGGAAAUCCCAAAAAGUCAUAAACCAUACAUUUUUAUCAUAAUACUCUACUACUUAUGUUGUGCUGCUAUUAAAAAUUUGCAAAAAAAUAUAUGAAAAAUUUAGAAAACCAGCAAAUCAGUCAAAUCGUGCAAUUACACUUUAUUAAACUAAAAAAGCAAAUAAAUAAAGCAACAACUAACAUAAACUUCAAUUCUACGCUAUCCAAAUUUCAUAACUGCCAAAAUGUCCACGCAAGUCUCCGCACCCUCUUGGUCACUCUGCAUUGUUCUAGCUUGCAUACUCGCCAGCCAUUGCACGCAGUCGUCACGUGCACGCACCAGCCCAUCGACAAUGACACGCAACAUCGAAGAAGAAAAUGUUCGAUAUCUUUUGGAAGGACCGCCCGUACUGUCCGAAUCCAUCCAAGGCACAUUGGGCCGUUUGCCUUGUAAUGUGACGCCGCCCAUACUAGAGGAUCGCGUUGCACUUGUAAUUUGGUUUAAAGUGGGUCUGAAGACGCCCAUUUACAGCGUCGAUACGCGCGACUCAAACUUUGCUGAUGGCACACACUGGUCCGAUGAAUCGUAUCGCGAUCGCUUGUCCUUCUCCGUAGAGGGACGUUCGGGGACGCUGGCAAUUAAGAAGACACGACAAGAGGAUACGGGCGAGUAUCGUUGCCGUGUUGACUUUCAAAAGAGUCCGACUCGCAACUCGAAAGUGAAUUUAACUGUCAUAACACCACCGGAGUCAAUAAUCAUACUAGACAGUAAAGGUGCGACGAUAAAGGACUACAAAUUGGGUCCCUAUAAUGAGGGCGCAGUCAUCAACAUAACCUGUGUGGCGGUUGGGGGCCGACCGCAACCGAAAGUCACUUGGUGGAAUGGUAACAAAGAGAUCGACCAAUCCUCGCAUUCAUUGUCAGAUCGGCGUGUCGGCAAUAUACUGACGCUGGGCAAACUGACACGUGAGAAUCUACACAUGCAGCUUACCUGUCAGGCGGCCAACAACAAUUUGACGACGCCAAUUACCAGUACCGUUACACUUGACUUGAAUCUGCGCCCCUUGAUUGUGAAAUUGGAUGGCGAAAACCGGCCACUGUCCGCCGAUCACUCGUAUCAGCUGCACUGUAAUGUUAUCGGUUCGCGACCAGCGCCGACGAUUACCUGGUGGAAGGGCAGCACACCCAUGAAGAAUACACAUGAAGUGGCAAAUCCUGAUGGUAAUAUGACAACGUCAAUAUUGACUUUUACGCCAACCAUCGAUGAUCGCGGCAAAUUCCUGUCCUGUCGCGCCGAACAGAGCAUGAUACCGGAAUCGGGCAUGGAGGACGGUUGGAAAUUGGAUAUUUACCACAUACCUGUCGUGAGUCUGGAGCUCGGCACCAACUCAAUAAAUUCAACCUUUCGCGAAGGCAUCGAUGUUUUCUUCGAGUGCAACAUCAAAUCGAAUCCUUGGGUCUACAAAGUCAGUUGGCGCCACAAUGGCAAUAUACUCGAGAAUAAUCUACCUGAAGGCAUCAUAGUGGCCAACCAGAGCUUGGUGCUCCAAAAUGUGAGUCGUGCUCGUGCGGGCAUCUACACUUGUGUCGGCAGUAAUCGGGAAGGUGAUGGCGAGAGUAACCCUGUGCAUUUGGAUAUAAGAUUUGCGCCCGUCUGCCGGCCCGGUCAACGUUUCGCCUACAGUUCCGCACGACAAGAGACGGUUAAAAUUGCCUGCGAAAUCGAGGCAAAUCCAAUGGAGGCGACAUACAGCUGGAAAUUCAAUGCAACACACGGCGAGACAAUCGACAUACCGGCAUCACAAAUCGCUGUGGACCGUGGACGCAGCAUAGCGCACUACACGCCCAUGACGGAAAAUGACUAUGGCACGUUGCUCUGUUGGGCUAGCAACGAAAUUGGCGAUCAGAGUGAACCGUGUGUUUACACCGUGCUGCCAGCAGGCGAACCGGAUCCAUUGGUUAACUGCACGCUACUCAAUCAAACGUCGACCGGCUUUCAAAUUGAAUGCAUCGAAGGCUUCGAUGGCGGUCUGCAGCAGGAUUUCAUAAUGGAAGUGUAUGUGAACGGAACGACACGCUAUCCGAAAGUUUUCAGAUCAAACACACCGUACUUCGAAAUGCGUGGACUGGUGCCUGGCGCCGGCUACAAUGUCUUCUUGGUGGCGCACAAUGCGAAGGGACGCAGCAAUGCAACUAUUUUGCAAGUGUAUACGCUCAAGGAUCCGGAGAAGCAGACGGUCGUUAUUACUUACAAAAAGGGUGACAUAAAUACGCCGCCACGCUUUUAUGAACUAACAACUGCCACUAGUAUUCUAACAACACAAAUCUACAACAGUACAAUAACAAAAAUUAAAACAGAUAAAAAUCUCUCGCUCGCCUAUGCGCCCGUAAUCGAGGAUAUCCGGCCAUUUCUCGGCAUACUGGUCGGCAUUGUGGGCAGCAUAUUCCUGGUGGCGCUUAUCAUUGUCAUUAUUGUUCGCAUGCGCGGCUCGACGGGACGCGAUCGCAAUAAUUACUCACAUCCAACGACGACCAGUGGGCGUGGCAAUAAUAAUAAUGGCAGCGUCAGCAUUGGUACACUACACAAUGGGCAAUCAAUACAGGAUAUACGCAUCGGUCGGGAUACCUGCCAUGUGACGAGCAGUUUAGAUAGCAUAGACAAGAAUCCGGAUAUAAUACCGCAAGAUGGUCGUGACGAUGACGAGGAGUGGACCACCAAGGGACAUAAUCGCGCUUAUGCAACCGCCGCGCUGGCGGAGCAGAACGCCGUCAUCACCUCAUCCACGUAUGAUCAUUUAAUGCCAACAUAUGCUGUUGUCGAUAAGAAGUCGGCAGCGCAACAUUUGCAACAAUUGCAACAACAACACCAGCAACAGCAGCAACAACAACAGCAGCAGCAGCAACAACAACCGCCGCCACCACAUGGCCAAUAUAUACACUAUAAUGCGCUGAUACCGGUGAGCAAAAUGGGCGGAUAUGCGCAGCAGCAGCAACAGCAACAACAGCAGCAACAGCAACAGGCGCAGCAGCAACUAAAUAAGACUGAUUUAACCUACGUCGAAUUGGCUGGUCCAGGUAAUGGAGCACGCAUGACGCCUUACUGUAGCGCCACAUUGGGUCGUCCACGACAAACGGAAUUGAAACGAGCCGAACCGAAUAUCUAUUCACAGGUAAUAAAAAUGAUGGACGAUGAUAGUCCGACCGAGUUCGAAGAUAUCGCCAUACAAUGGCCCAAACAAACACACAACACAACCAGUACACAUCCGUUAGUGCAGGCGGCGGCAGCAACAACAGCGGCAGUAGCUUAUGUGGCCGGACGUUCGACACGGAUCGAUUUGGCUCAUCAUCCGAUGUACUCGACGAGUCCCAUGUUUGGUGGUCAAACCACCAUAACCGGUGUCACCAUGUCACAUCCCUCGCAGUUGGCCACCUUUACCCCGCCACCGCCAUUAUUCACACACAAAGUGAUCGGCGCUGCGCAAUCGCAGUCGCUGCCACCAAAUGUUGCAGUGCCGGUGAGCAGCAAUGGCCUGCUGCAGACAGUCACCGCUGGUGGGGGACUCGUGUGUAUGAGUAUGCCGCCACAUUCGGCAGCGGCGGCUGCGUCACUUAUAUGUGCAGCGCAAAAGCAACAGCAGCAACAUCAGCAGCCACAAUCACCACCAACGGGUGGCAACGGUAUGUCAGUGGGCGGUUAUGGAGAUGUGAACUCCAGUCCGGGCAUGCUGAAAACAGUACCAGAGGAAGUGCAUCAUCAAAUGAACGGUGAGGAUGUGCUCAUUACAAAGGAUCGCAAUCAUGCAACACGCUUUUGACGGUAAAUUACAAUCAUCGAGACGCUAGAGAUGGCGCAAUAAGAAUCCCAUAGACCAGACAGUAGACGAAGUAGAAAAAAAGAGAAACUACGUAGUGUAGAAACGAAAAUGUUAACAAAGCAAAAACUGAAAAUGCUAAAACGAGCAACAAAGUAUUUUGGGGAAGAAAAAGGGGAAACAGACUAUAAUAGAAUGUGAUGGAAAUCUAAAUAUAUAAAAUAAUGAAAAGUUGAUUAGAAAAUUAAACAACUCAAAAACACUACUUAGAUAUACACAAAACAACGCUGCAAGAUUUUUAUAUGUAUAUUUGAGCCUUUUUCGCAAUAUCUUUUCUAAGUUUUAAAAUUUUUGGAGACAUUUGUGACAAUUCGGAAGUUUUAAGUGAAUUUUUAAUUUUAUAUUUAACAUCAAACAAAAUCUAUUUUUAUUUGAGAAGAUUCAAUAUCUUACUAUAAAGUCAGUUCAAUUUCAUUAUUGCGGUUUUGUCCCUUACACUUACAAUUCUUAGAUUCAUUAAUAUUCAGUAUUACACUUCUGUUCCACAUGUUCAAUUUGAUUUCGUGACGACAAAAAAAAACUUUUGUAAUCAGUUCUUAAGAUAUCUACAUAUGUAUAUCAGAUCCAUUUUUUUCAA